AUGGAUCAGAGGUCAGUCGCCUUCAUGUUCAACCCCAAAAGUUCGAGCAAGGUAAAGAAUGAGAAGAUCACUAGAUGGCGAAUUUACCUAUCUUGCUUCAGUUACAACAUUGUCUAUCGUCCUGGCAAAGAAAAUGUUGCCGCGGAUGCGUUCUCACGCAUGUGCAGUUCGGUAUCUGCUACAGAUGAUCUGCAGACUCUUCACAAUAAUUUAUGUCAUCCAGGCGUUACAAGGAUGAUGCACUUUGUACGGAGCAGAAAUCUACCGUACUUUAUCAGUGACGUAAAGGCGAUGACUGCCACUUGCUCUACAUGUCUGGAACUUAAGCUGCGAUUCUUCAGAUCAGACUCUGGUACUCUCAUAAAAGCUACUCAGCCUUUUGAAAGGCUGAAUAUGGAUUUCAAGGGACCACUUCCUUCUAAGACAAGAAAUCGGUAUUUACUUACUAUAAUUGAUGAAUAUUCGAGGUUCCCAUUCACCUUCCCAUGCUCUGAUUUGUUGACAAACACUGUGAUAAAAUGUCUUUGCUCAUUAUUCUCCAUCUUUGGCAUGGCAGCCUAUAUUCAUUCCAAUCGUGGAGUGUUGUUCCUGUCGGGCGAACUGGAGCACUUUUUGGCACAGCGUGGAGUUGCCUCUAGUCGGACGACCGCCUACAACCCCCAGGUUAAUCGUCAAGUGGAGCGCUAUAAUGGCAUCAUCUGGAGAACAGUGACACUUGCGCUGAAAUCCAGAAAACUACCUACUACUCAUUGGGAAGAUGUCCUCGUGGAUGCUCUCCACUACAUUCGAUCGCUGCUGUCAACUGCCACUAAUACCACUCUGCACGAAUGGAUGUUUGGCUACCAACAGAGAUCGGCCAGUGGGAGGGCAAUACCUACCUGGUUAACGACUCAAAAGACUGUGUAUCUCAAGCUCCAAGUACGUUACAGUAAAUAUGAUCCGUUGGUGGACGAGGUGGAAUUACUUGAUGUUAAUCCGCAAUAUGCGAGCGUCAGAUUCCAGAGGGAGGGGAAACCACAGUGUCUCUGCGCCAUCUCGCAUCCAAAGGUGUUGAAUCAGGCAGAGAGACACUUCAAGACAAGGCCAGCAUUGAACGUGUUCCUAAACAAAGUUUAGAUGAAUGUUUCAAUGAACACCCGGUAGCUGAGAGGGACGAGCAGCUGGAAAUGGCGGAACACGAGGGAAAUCGGCAGCCAGAUGCAUCGCCAACUCAGCCUCCUCCCUGUCCUA